AUGCGGCCGGCAGGUACCAAAGCAGCCAGCAUCAUGUUGCAAAUUGUGUUAGCCGGCCGAUUUGCGGAGGCCGCGAGCCGGUACGCCGACGAGGGCGUGCGUCGCGCUUCUGAAAACGGCCGCGCAGCACCGAAAACCACAGCGGUGUCGCGACAGAUGCGAGGCACCGGCACGGGAAGCCCAACAAAAAGCGAGCACGUGCUGCAGAAAAAGUGGCAUGCGGGCACAAGUUGCCUUUUCAUAUUGCACCUU